AUGUCUGAAAACGCUCAUCAUCCAUUGAUUGCACGCAGACAACGAGGCGAUCCCGAGGUCAACCCAGAUAGUAUUCUUAACGAGGUCAACACGUUCUCAAGCAUGACCACGAAUGUAAGCGUUACUGCUCCAUCGUGCCUUGAUUACAUUGAAACCAUGCUUGUACUCACGGUUCAUUGGUCAAAUGGCCUUGUUCUUUGUGGAGGUCGCUUUCCACUGCAAUCUUCUCACUUCCAUAAACAGUGCGACGAGGUGAUCGCGAUGAAAUUGAGCUGGUUCAAGAUCUUGAUCGUUUCGCUGUUUUUACAAAACGCAGCGCAAGCGUGUCUUUCCAUGGUUAUGUUCGUUGCGAUCACAUUUCCUCUGAAGUAUCGGUUGUGGUUUACGCAAAAUUCUACCACUCUUAUGUUGUUAAUAAUUACCUGCAUACCGCUACCGUAUUGGGGAAUAUAUUUUAUAGACACUUGUAACUUCUUCUACGAUCAUUAUUUGCGUAUCUGGAAGUUCGGUACACAACCUUGCAGUGUCUUCUUAUCAAAGUAUAUUGAUAUGGUCUACAAUAUUACUUUAUUCGUUGCCGUGGCUGUUCUCGACACAUCAACUCUUCUUCGAUUAAGAAUUAUAAGAAAGUCAACACAGAACAGAACACAGAAAGGCAAUCAUCAUCUUAUGCGGGACGAAAAGAAAAGGCAGCAUAAAAAAGAAACGGAUCUUUUUGUGCAAGCAUUCUUAACCUCUUGCGUUUAUUUCCUGAUGUUAAUAUGUUUUCAUGUCAUUUCCGUUCAUGCAUCCGAAGGAUUUUUCUUAUUCCUGAGCACAACCUUCGUAUGGGAACUAUCGCACACCUUGGGAGGGGCUAUCCUUAUCUGGUUUAAUCCAGAAAUACGACGACAUCUAUCGGGUGCAAAUGAAUUCAUCCGGUUUCUUUCCAAUCCGACUAGUACUCUGAAUGUAUUGCACAUAACAUCUCAAAAACUAUCAAAUAAAUAA